AUGGUCAUUGGAAAUAUGGCCUCACUGAAAUUAUAUUCCUCACACACUAUCUUGAAUAAAAACCACAGCAAGCACAACCAAAGAACAAAAGUCCUAAUCAUUUCCAGCGAUUUGCAGCAUAUUCAACAGAAUUCUUUAAAUACACACACUUUGGAUAUUAGGCUAUUUGCAAACAGCCUCACCACUAAAGACGUUUAUCUUUUAGAAAGUUUCCCAAUUCCAAAGACAAACAUUAAAACUCUUUCCAUAUGCUUAUUUGACAAUUUUGAAUCAAAUCCUUCAAUUCUCCCUUUGAACAAUCUAAUUGAAUUGUUCACCUAA